GUAAAACUCUUGUGCAAUAAUCAUAUAUUAUUUUCUCAAAAUAUUUGUAAUCCCUGAUUUUGUUUCGAACUAAAGGUAUGGUAAAUUUGGCGGAUACUCUUAUGUUAAAUGCGGUGACGGAUGGCACAAUGAAUUUCUUACGCCAUAUAGGAAUUUUUAAGUCCAAGUCUACGCCGCAAGCACAACCACCGAUCAUAGUGAAAAUGCCGCUGUGGCAGCUGGCUCAAGAGUCCGGGCCGUUCGUGAGGCUCGCAGGGAUAAGUGGAGCAACGGCAGUCGUGCUUGGGGCUAUGGGAGCUCACCGGACAUUCCCUGACACUGAUGCCAAAGAAGAUCUAAAAAAAAUCUUUGAAACUGCCAAUAGAUUCCAUUUCCUCCAUACUUUGGCUCUAGUCACUGUGCCACUAUGCAGAAGGCCUUACAUUGCUGGUGCAUUCUUUAUAGUUGGAAUGGGCAUGUUUUGUGGGACAUGCUACUACCAUGCUUUCACUGGAGACCGAAGCCUAAGACGGCUGACACCCAUCGGCGGAUCUUGUCUUAUUCUGGGUUGGAUGGCAAUGGUACUGUAAACUUGACAAUUGUAACUACAUUUUGUGGUUUAUAUUCUUGGAAUAGGUUAUGUAAAAGGAUAUGUUAGGUGUUUUUCAUUAAGGUAAUUCCAAACUAUUUUCGUUAUUAUUUUAGGUUGAAUACCUAGGUUGAAUAGAAUGGUUGUAGUGUAAAUAAUUUACUUUAAGUGCGAGUUUAGCAUUGUAUAGUAGUAUUAAAAUCUUGUACCCAAUUUUUAGAAUGGAUACUAAUUUGUUACAUAGCAUCACGUAACAGAACAAAGGAUUAUUGUAAGGUUUUGUUUAUAUAAUGUGUAUUUUCUAUUUUUGAAAUUACUGACACCGAUUGUUCUCAAUAAUUAUCAGGGAUCGGAA